AGAGAGAACAAGUCACAAAACAUGAGCUGAAAUGCUCAUCCCGUUUUUCAGCAGGCAGCAGCAGAAAAAUCCGUUUCCCGGAGAUUGAACCGUUGGAUCGUCUUGAUUUUUGGACAGCAGCUUCACAGCAUCUGGGCCAACAUUCUGGACGGUGGAGAUCGGGUUUUGAGGUCCGGAGGUCGGGUUUCGUUGGUCUGGACAGUAGCUAUUUUUCUGCCGGGAACUCUCAAACUCCUUCCGGCAGGGCGGAGCAAAGUGGCAGAUCAUAUUCCGGCUGCGAUGACGAGAAGGUUGAACAGGCUGGCGUAGCAGCAUUUCCCGGCGAACUAAGAUAUCGAGCAGCAGUGUUCAAUACUAUAGAAACGUACACACAAAAAAAUCAAUGAAACGUUUUGUUUUCGCUGAGAGAGCCGAUUGGUAUUCUUUGGUUUCUUCUGGUUUCGCUGAGAGAUAAUCGUCCAGAGCCGCACAUCCCAGAGCAGAUUCCGACUGGUAUUCUUCUGGUUUGAGAGCUAAUCGGCCAGAGCCGCACAUCCCAGAGCGGAUUUGUGAUUCCCUCCGGUGAGCCGCACAUCGCGCACGCUGAGCCGCUAAGAGAUGGGGAAAAAAAGAGGUUCCUCUCAAUGUAGCGGACGUGAAGAGCUGACAGACUAUGAAAAGGAAAGGUUAAAGAGGUUGGAAAUGAAUGAACAAAAAAUGCAUGCAUUAGGGUUAACAAGUCUAGCAAAUAAGGUGAUCUUCCAAACGAAAGAUAAACUGAGCACAGACCAGUUUACCAAUGAUAUUGACCUAGAAGACGCAGAUUACACACCGAGUGGUGAUGAGAAUGAUGAAUCAAAUCAUCCAAAGGUAUCAAUGAAGGGAAAAGGUCAACGUACGAAGGUAGAGGCUGCUAGAAGUUCUGGGACAUCAACUGAUCAAACUUUGGUUAAGGUUAGUUCUAAAAAGGAAGCUGCAAGGGUUCUCAAGGAUCAAGGCACACGUGGCAGGAAGAAGCCUAUUUCUGAUCCAAAGGCACAAAAAAUCGCUCCAGGAUCCAUGGCCUUGUACUUUGAAAUGAGGAAAAGGCAAGAGUUGUUGAAGAAGAAAAAGAAUGAAGCACCUUUUCUAGAAGCUGAAGAUUCUUCCAGUGAGAAUGAGCUUGAAAAUGCUGAUCAUAACAACUCCAUGAGCGGUGAAGAGGAAGCAAGCAAAUCAUCACCAGUUAGGGAAGUUGAUAGUCUUGAAGAACAUGACGAUGAUGUAGACUCUUUUGACACUUCAGCGGAUAUGGAACAUGAGGUGGCUGCUGAAAAAGAUAUUGCUGCAAGUGCUAAGGCUUCAUUAAAAGUUGCUGGAGAAAAGAAGCAUAGAGGCCCGACUGUUAUGGCAGCAGUGCAUAAUCGUAAGUUUGAUGAACGACCAAUAGUUGUUCUGAAUGAAGCAGGGCAACCAAUUGGCCCUACUCCCGCUCUUGUUCGUGAAUUCAGUCGGUUCCUAGGCACCAUGGCUAGAGAUUCAAAACUUGCACCUUUGAAUUAUGUCACUUGGCAUAAGGUUCCGAAAAAUAAAUUAGACAAGAUGUGGAAUUAUGUCAUGGAGAAGUAUGUGGUUCCCAUAGAAGGAAAAAGGUGGGUUUUUGCUACCCUUAACGAUCUGUGGCGUGUUCACAAAUCAAGAUUGAAGAAAAACCACUUUUAUAAAUACAAGACAGUACAACAAAGAUGGGAGAAUCGACCAAAGAGUGUUUCUAAUCAACAGUUCCUAGAUCUUUUGAAUUACUGGUCUCUUGGAAAUGUUGAGGAUGAAAGCAAUACCAAUAGAGAAAAUCGCAUGAAGCAUGAUGACCCACACACUCUGGGCCCGAUAUCGUUCGCACUAUUGCGUCAUACAAUGACAAAUGAGGAUCCCAAUAAAGAAGAGCCAUCUGAUUCCACGAUGUAUAAGGAGUCUAGGAUGAGGUUUGUGGAUGGUCAGUGUAUGACAAAGCCUUACCCCGGCGCUGAGCAGAAUGGGCGUGUUCGUCUUCGUGGUCGAGGCGUGACCAAGUCUAAAAUGAAGAAAAGUAACAACAAGCAGUCUAGCUACAUAAUGCCAGAGGAGUUCUUGCAAAGUGUCAAAGCACAGUUGGCUCCGGAAGUAGCAUCCAUGGUACUCUCACAAAUAAAGGCAGCUAAUCCUGGGAUAAGUCUGAACAUUCCAGAGUUCUGUGUGUCCUCAAAAAAUCAAUCAUCAGGGCAUGAGGUAGAUGGGUCAAAUGGGCAAUCUUCAGCUGGAGCGCACUCGAUAUCGAAGGUGAGGGAUUCACAUGAAGAUGAAGAUGAAGAUGAAGAUGGAAUGGAAUCAAAUGAUGAAUGAUGCAUACUCAUGAUUUUCACUUUAUCGAGCCUCUCCUAGUAGUAGUGAUAAACUAUCUUUUGCUUUGUGAACAUGAUGUUCACCAUUUUGCUACUUAUCAAGCUCAUGUUUUUGUCAAAGAGCUUUUAACAUAGCUACUUUAAUUUGGUUACGUUGGAUUUGUUUUGAAC